GGCGCUGCUUUAGCUAACGCCGCACGAGCAGCGCCGCGGAGCAAAAAAAAAAAAAAAAAAAAAAAAAAAAACUCUAAAUAAAGUGGAUUUUUGCGCUGGGCUGUUCACUUUUGGGACUCGAAUCCGGCGCCAAAAGCCCGAGCGGCCGCACACUCUCCGUGUUCUGUCUCUUUAAGGCCUCGGCUCUCGUCUCGUUUCGUAUUGAUCAAUCCUCCAUUUUCCAGCGCGGAGCGGCGGGCGGCAGUGCGGCGCUAACCCACAGCAGAGCCCGGAGCAGCAGCCUGUACCUGCGGAAAGAGCCGGGCCGCCGGGGCAGUCAUGGCAGCCAACAUGUACCGGGUCGGGGAUUAUGUAUAUUUUGAAAACUCUUCGAGUAACCCUCUGCUGAUCCGGAGGAUAGAAGAGCUCAACAAGACGGCCAAUGGGAACGUGGAGGCCAAGGUGGUUUGUUUCUAUCGGCGCAGGGACAUCUCCAGCACCCUCAUCGCUCUGGCGGAUAAACACGCAAGGGAGAUGGAGGAGGAGAUGGAAAACACAGAGAUGUCAGAGCUGCCAGAGAAACAGAAACACCAACUACGCCACAGAGAACUGUUCCUCAGCCGACAACUGGAGAGUCUCCCAGCCUCACACAUCAGGGGGAAAUGCUGCGUGACUUUGCUCAACGAAACCGAAGCUCUGAAGUCGUAUCUGGAACGAGAGGAUGCGUUCUUUUACUCUCUGGUGUACGACCCGCAGCAGAAGACGCUUUUGGCCGAUAAAGGCGAGAUCCGAGUGGGGAACAAAUACCAGGCUGACGUCACGGACAUGCUCCAGGAAGACGAGGAGGACGGCAGAGAUCUUUCCAAGAUGGAGGAGAAGGUCUGGGACCCGGACAGCGCGCUCACCGAGAAACAGAUCGACCAGUUUCUCGUCGUCGCUCGGUCUGUGGGCACGUUCGCUCGAGCUCUCGACUGCAGCAGCUCCGUCCGACAGCCGAGUCUGCACAUGAGCGCCGCCGCCGCCUCCAGAGACAUCACACUGUUCCACGCCAUGGACAGCCUCCACGCGGCGGGUUACGACAUGACCCGGGCCAUCGCGUCUCUGGUUCCUCAGGGGGGGCCGGUGCUCUGCAGGGACGAGAUGGAGGAGUGGAGCGCGUCUGAAGCCAACCUGUUCGAAGAAGCUCUGGAGAAGUACGGCAAGGACUUCACGGACAUACAGCAGGACUUUCUCCCGUGGAAAUCUCUCACCAGUAUAAUCGAGUAUUAUUACAUGUGGAAGACGACAGACAGAUACGUACAACAGAAACGGUUAAAAGCGGCAGAAGCAGAGAGUAAACUGAAGCAGGUCUACAUCCCAAAUUAUAACAAACCGAACCCAAACCAGCUGAGUAACAGUGUGAAGCCUCUGGUGAACGGCGCCGGUUCUGCUCCUCCUCAGACUCCAGGACUGGGCCGGGCCUGUGAGAGCUGCUACACGAGCAGUUCGUUCCAGUGGUACUCGUGGGGACCUCCCAACAUGCAGUGUCGUCUUUGCGCCUCCUGCUGGACGUACUGGAAAAAGUACGGCGGCCUGAAGAUGCCCACGAGGCUCGACGGAGAGAGACCAGGACCCAACCGCUCCAGCUCGAGCCCUCACGGUCUUCCUCUCAGACACAGCGGGAGUCCAAAGUUUGCGGUGAAAACUCGACAGGCGUUUUACCUCCAGACGAGCGCCGUGACCCGCGUCGCCCGGAGACUCUGCCAGGACCUGAUCAGGCCCCGCCUCCUCGCGCGCCACCCGUACCUCCCCGUCAACGCCGCCGCCAUCAAGGCCGAGUGUGCACUCCGGUUGCCAGAGAAGCUGAAAAAGCCGUCGCUGAAACCUGUGGAACGUAAACCGCUCGAGUCUGUGGUUCGGUAUUUAGAAGCUCACCCCCGCCCGGUCCGAGAGCCGCCGCUCCCUCGCUCCGGCUGCAUCUCCACCGGGAGCCUCACCCCCAUCAAAGCUCCGCCCAUCCUGAACCACGGCUCGCCCACCAUCCUGGGAAAACGCUCGUACGAACAGCACAACGGACUCGACGGUAAGUCCAAGGUGUUGGCUCCUCAGUGGGACAUCGUGGCCAAACGUUCGAUUCAGGACGAGGUUCAUGAGCUGGACUGAAGUGGACCGUCCCCCUGCACUGAUACGAAAUGGGAGAGGCCUGAUGACCACAGCCGAGGACAGAUGUUGAUCCCGUCUCCAACGUCUCCGCUCCUCGUUUCCGCGUGCGAGUCCAGCGCUCCUCUGUCGCUCUGUGGUCCCGACGGCGCCCCCUUGUGUACAGGACUAAUCUUACCAUUAUUACCGUCUGUAAUUAAUGUUAUUAUAAUUUUCUACUAUAACUUUGCGUAUUGUUGAACGGUGAUUGAAGCUGCAGAAGUUUCAUGAAAUGCUUGCUUAAAAACCCGUUUGGGGCGAAGGACCGUAAAAAAAAAAAAAAAAAAAGAAAAAAAAAUAGCCACUUGCAUCUAAUUCUGUGUUUUAUUCUCGUUUAUUUUAACUUCGAAAACAGGAGACCGUUAUUUCCGAGCUCUGAGUUGAGUCGUCCCGUUUUGUUUCGAUGAUUUAAAAGAAGUUGCUUUGGACGGUUUGGUUUGAGUCGUCGCGAUGUUUGGCCUGGUGUAACUUAUUCGAGAGAAAAGUGCUGUUUUUCUACCUUUUUCACAAGUAAUGCAUCUAUGCUUCAAUAAUGCAAUUAAACAGGACUUGGUUUUCCA